ACUAACUGCAUGAGAUUAGGGAGUAGGAGGGAAAUACAGCUCCCUGUUAUAAAAGGUGCUGUCCAAGCUGCUUAUACAACCUCUGGACUCUACCAUGUGGCGAUUUCAUCUCUGUCUCCUGGUAGCCCUUGCUGCCAGUGAGGCCAUCAAUUACGAGCCUUUCCUGAACUCUAAAAAAACAUAUGAGUAUAAAUAUGAGGGACUGGUGCGAGUGGGACGAGAACUGCCAGACUUGGUUGAGUCAGCAAUGAAGAUGAGGUGCACUUUUAAAAUCAUUGGCGAAUCACCUCAAACCUUUGUGCUCCAGAUCUCAAAUGUAGAUGUUGAAGACUUUAAUGGCUUACCUGGGAAAAGUGUCUUCAGCCCUUCCCAAAAGCUCACUAAGCGACUAUCUGCCGAAUUCAGCCAGCCAAUCGUAUUUGAAUUCUCCAAAGGACAAAUUACUGACAUUCGCACAGCACCUGGAGUCUCAAACACAGUUGUAAAUAUUGUGAGGGGGAUCCUUGGAUUUCUACAAGUCACGGUCAAAACCACCCAAAGUUUUUAUGAACUGGUGGAGUUGGGAAUUCAUGGUGUAUGUCAAAGCAGUUACACUGUUGAGGAAGACUCCAAUGCCAAAGAGCUGAUAGUGAACCAAAUGGUUGAUAUUGCCAACUGUCAACAGCCAGCUGCUUUAUACCGAGGAAUGGCUCUUGCCCCUGAAGACAAACUCAGCAAACAGAGAGGCGAGAGUGUGGUUUCAACAGUGAAACACACUUACACAGUGAAGUCCACAGCAGAUGGCGGUUUGAUCACUAAAGCAUUUGCUCAAGAGCGCCAAUAUUUCACACCAUUCAACGUAAAGGGAGGAAACUCCAGACUUUUGGCAUUACGGGAUAUUGAGCUUCUGAAAGUUUCAGACACAACUGACAAAAUAGUGACCGGACAGAUGCAGAGCAGAGGCAACCUGAUGUACAAGACAGAAAAGGAUCUCAGACCAAUUCCUGUUGUGAUGAUCAACCUGAACGAACCAGUGCCAAAGAUUUUAGAUUUAAUCAAGCGCUUGGCACAGGCUAACAUAUAUCACGUGGAGAGCACAAGCAGCUCAGAUAUUCUGAAUCUAAUUCAGUUGCUACGUGUGGCGUCACUUGAGAACCUAGAGCAGUUAUGGAAGCAGGUCUCAGGAAAUGAUGAGCACAGGAGGUGGUUCCUGGACUUGGUUGUGGAGGUAACAGAUGAGAGGAUCCUCAAAUUCCUUGAAACCAAAUUCAAAGCAGGCGACAUUACAGCAAAUGAGGCAGGACAGGCACUGGUAGUCGCAUUUAACCACUUGUCUGCUGAGCCUGUGUCAGUGGCAUUAGCUCAGGAGUUCCUGACAAUUCCUUUUAGUAAAUCGCAUCCUCUCCUAUGGAAUACUGUAGUUUUGGCAUAUGGCUCUUUAGUACACAGAUACUGUGUGUAUACUGAUCCCUGUCCCAUCACCGUGGUGCAGCCAUUGUUGGAUAUGGCUACAAGUGGCCUGAGUAAAAACUCUGAGGAGGAUAUGGUCCUUGCACUGAAGGCCUUGGGAAAUGCAGCACAUCCCUCCAGUAUCAAGACUCUCCUAAAGUUCCUUCCAGGCUACACAGCAGGAGCUGAAAAGCUUCCAACCAGGGUACAGAGUGCUGCGGUCCAGUCAUUCAGACUACUUGCAAGCAGGGACCCCCACAGUGUGCAAGACAUUGUCUUGAACCUCUUUCUACAAAGGACUCUUCCUGCUGAAAUCCGCAUGCUGGCCUGUAUGGUGCUUCUAGAGACCAAGCCAUCCAUAUCUCUAAUCUCAGUAAUAAGUGAAGUCCUGUUGGAGGAAAUUGACCUGCAGGUUGCCAGCUUCUCCUAUUCUCUACUCAAAGGCAUUUCCAAGUCCCGUACCCCUGAUAAUCAACAUCUAUCCACUGCCUGUAAUAUUGCGAUAAAGAUUCUUACCCCCAAACUUGGUCGUCUGAGUUAUCGCUACAGCAAGAAUUUGCAUUUGGACUGGUUCCAUGAUGACUUUUUAUUUGGGACAUCUGCCGACAUUUAUAUGCUGCAAAAUGAAAGUCUUAUACCCACAAAACUUAUGUUUAAGGGAAAAAUUCAUUUCAUUGGGAGAAUAUUGCAAUUUCUUGAGUUUGGUUUCCGCGCAGAUGGACUCCAAGAGCUGUUAGCAGGAAAAAUCCCUCAACUCAAGAAAGAUUUAGGAAUCAUAGAUUUUGCCACUGUAAUGAAAAUUCUUUCUGACUGGCAGAACCUACCAAAAGACAGACCUCUAUUGACAGCAUAUGCUCGCGUGUUUGGACAGGAAGCAUUUUUAAUGGAUGUAAGAGGAGACUCUAUUCAGAGCAUCAUAAAGUCAUUUAGUCCUUCUGCUGGGAAGGAGAGUAAGGUUUGGGAAAAGAUUCAGGAUGUUCAAAAAGGGACUUCCUGGCACUGGACCAAACCACAUCUUGUGUAUGAAGCUCGAUUCAUACAGCCAACUUGUCUUGGUCUCCCAGUUGAAAUCAGCAAAUAUUAUUCAAUAAUAAAUGCUGUUACAAUGAAAGCUAAAGCAGAAAUUAAUCCUCCUCCCAAGGAACAUCUGGGUGAGCUGCUAAGCUCCGAUAUUUCCCUACACACAGAUGGCUUUGUUGGAGUGACAAAGGAUCAUUUUGUCUUUCAUGGAAUCAACACCGAUCUUUUCCAGUGUGGCACUGAGAUGAACAGUAAGAUAGUAACUGCCCUGCCAUGGGCAUUUGACUUGAAAAUAAACAGGAAAGAGCAAAAGUAUGAAAUGAACUUAACUCCAAUCAAAACGGUCACUGAAUUAUUUUCAGUCAAUUCUAAUGUGUUCUCUGUUCUGAGAAACAUUGAGGAUCCAUCCGUCUUCAAAAUAACUCCCAUGAUGCCUGAGACAGAGGACUCCGAAAGGAGUCUGCCACUGGCCAGGAUUUUACCCACUUCAAGGGGUGAUAAGACCAAGAACUCUGAGGUGAAAUUUAGGCAAUGCGCUGAUGCCAAGAUUUAUGGAACUUCGAUCUGCAUCGAGGCAGAAGCCAAACGAGCACACUACCUUCAUGAAUAUCCUCUGUACUACUUCCUGGGACACACCCGCUUUUCAUAUCAACUAGAACCAGCUGAGGGUGCCAAACCCAUUGAAAAAAUUCAGAUUCAGGUCACUGCUGGCAGAAAAAACCCUCCAGGAGUCAGUGAAAUGAUUAAUCUCAGCCACAGAGUAUUCAAGGACACAAGAGAUGAGAUCACCACCUGUGGGGAAAACAAUUUAUCCAAUUCAUUCCCAGCAUCUCAGGAUUUAGAUGCCACUCCAGAAAGUGUUGUCACAGUAAAAGCACUUGGUCUAAGUCCGCCAGCAAAACCCCUGGGCUAUGAAGGUGUAGCCUUUUAUCUGCCAACAGCCCAAAGAGACAAUAUUGAAAUGAUUGUCUCUGACGUUGGUGAAGAGGCAAACUGGAAAAUGUGUGUCAAUGCAAACACCGAUAAGAGUCACUCAUCAGCAAAGGCCCAUCUCCGAUGGGGUGCAGAGUGUCAGACAUAUGAUGUCUCUAUGAGGGUGUCCACAGCAUGCCAGCCAGAGUCUAAACCUUCCAUAUAUACCAAGAUCAACUGGGGAGCUCUGCCCUCAGUGUUCACAAUGAUUGGUCAAAGAAUUCAAGAGUACGUGCCUGGCAUUUCUUAUAUGAUGGGUUUCUACCAGAAAUAUGAGAAAAACCCAGAACGGCAGGCAGCUUUCACUGUUGUUGCGUCCUCACCAGAGACCUUUGACAUGAGGAUGAAAAUUCCAGAGCGAUCUAUCUACAAAAAGGCAAUUCAAUCACCAAUCGAUCUUGCGGGGUUUCAAGCUGUGAACUUCACCAUAUCCACUUAACAGGCUGGUGUUACAGAGCACUUCUGGAAGACAAAUCCAACAACACAGUAAAAUGGGCCAUCAAAAGUUCUGAUAUUCAAAGAUAUUUGUUAAAAAGGUUAAUUUUUAAGUAUAUGCCAAAUAAAUGAAGAGUGCAUCAAGAGUUCAAUGUGACAGAAAUUCAUUAUGUUCAGACUGAUUAUUAUAUUCCAGCCUAGAGUUGAUUAGACUUCAGAUCAUUUGCAAAAUCUGCUUUAUGUU